AUGAGUCAAUCACCCGCGCUGUCCAACAAAGUAGCGACCUCGGCCUCGAAAUCGUCCAACGCCGCUUCGACUUCCAACAACAACAACAACCAGACCGGCCCUGCUGUCUCGCAAGCCCAGCAAUUCUUCACUCACGACUCUUCCUCUCGCAGACCCAACGCUCCCACCCGAGCCGCUACUGCUCCUCGUAACGUCCAGUCCUCGAAGCCGAAGCACAAGCACGGCAAGCGAUUUCAGGCGCUGGAUGAGGAUGCCGAAGCGGAGACAUUCAGCAUGCAGAAUCCACACGGGCGACGAGGUCAGCAAAGCAUCACCCAUCUGAUGCAAUUCGCGCUGCCACCGCGUCCGAAUGCGCAGCAAUACGGCGGUCGGUCUCAUGGUGGUGGCGCUCGACCUCGACAGCGGAAUAAUCCCACCUGGGGAUUAGGAAGUGGUUAUCAUUCGACAGACAAAGCCAGGUAUAUUCACGCCAACUACCGGUUUAUCGUGGACCCGCGCGGUGACUAUCAUGUCCAAACCGAGGACGCCGAUGUCCAUCUCGACUGGGCCAAUGUCCUUCAAGUGGUUGCUUCCUCACAAUCCCAAACCGCCUCCUGUCCUAUCUGUCUCGGCGAGCCGACCGCGCCUCGCAUGGCCAAGUGUGGUCACAUCUUUUGUCUGUCCUGUCUCAUUCGGUAUAUGCACUCCGAAGACGCCUCUACAGCAUCAUCGACCACGCACAGUGCAUCACCUGAGAAACGGCCCCGCUGGAAGAAAUGUCCCAUCUGUUAUGACAGCAUCUACAUCUCGGAAACCAAGCCGGUCCGGAUGUAUGCAGGACAGGAAUCCCCUGUCCCACCGACUGAGGGGUCGGAUAUCGUCCUACGUCUGGUGAAGCGUAAAGCUCACAGCACAUUGGCCAUGCCACGUGAGAACGUGGAUGCCACCAUCUCCAGCGACGAUGUUCCGUGGUUCUUCGCAGCGGAAGUGAUGGACUAUGCGCGGGUCAUGAAGGGAAGCGAGGAAUAUAUGCUCGCACAGUAUGAUGAAGCACUCGAGGCUGUUCAAGAGCAACAUCGUGAAGAUGAACUGAUGUUCGGCGAGGACGACGAGUGGACCAACCGUGCCGUGCGGAUGCUCUUGGAGGCCAAAGAGAAGACUCGAGGGAUUGGCAACCCUCCCAAAACAAUGAUACGGAAAUUAGAAGCUGCCUCUACAAAUGGCACCUCAUCCGAGCAACGACCUCCGUAUUCCAGCCCGACCGACGAGAGCACCACUCAUGAGUCCUCCGCCGAUGAACCGGCCAUUCCUCGCACGAUCCAUGACCUUCACGCACGACAACAAGCCGAAAAGCCCCCUCCUUCCGAAUACCUCUUCUACCACUCUCUCCCCCACGCCUAUCUCAGCCCUCUCGACAUCCGCGUUCUGAAAACUCAUUUCGGCAGUUACACCACCUUCCCGACCGCACUCCUCCCGCGCAUCGAACGCGUCUCCACGGGGCACGUCGUUGACGACGACCUGCGGCGCAAAUGCAAAUACCUCAGCCACUUGCCGCGCGGCUGCGAAGUCAGCUUCCUCGAGUGCGACUGGAGCGACGUCGUCUCCGAAGCCGUCCUCGCCGAAUAUGCCCCCGUUCUCGACCGAAGACGCAAACGCUGGCAAGACAAGGUGUCCCGGGAGGAGAAGGAACGGCUGCGUAUCGAGCGUGACGCCGAACGGGAGGUCUCCGCUAUGCGCGGCCGCGGUGUUGGAAGGAGACCUGGCGAUGACGACGACGGCUUUUUCUCCGCCGUCGACCCUAACCUCCUCCCACAUUCCCCUGGUGGCUCCGCGUCAUCGUGGUCCCACGCUGCUGCUGCUGCAGGUGCCGGCGGUAACAGUCUUCUCCCGAUCACGCCUCGUCCGGGCUUCACGAGCCUCGCGAGUCCCUCCACAUCGCCUAACCUCGGCCGUCGAACGGUCUGGGGCACCGCGGCCGUGGCGCCGGACUCAGGAACAGAAGACUGGGCUGCUGCGGCAAUCGCGAAUCCUCGCAGUGGGAUGAACGACGACGAUGGAUGGUUGCAGGGUUGGGAGAAGGACCUUUUGUUAGAACUCGACAGUCCCAGUGGUGGUGGUGGUAAUCAUAGCAGUGGUGGUGGUGGAGGAGGAGGUGGUGGUGGUGGGAAGAAGGGCAAAAAGGGGAAGAAAAUCACCCUGAUGAGUACGGGUGGAGCGAGGAGAGGCGCUUGA